AUGGGCACUCCCAUCCUCCUGCCGCCGACUCCGUACUCGCGUCUCCUGCCAACCGACAGUGUUCGUCGGGCGGUGGCCUCGGCUCUCCCGCCGGCCAUUGGUUUGAAGAACUGGCGUCUGGUGUACUCCACCAGUCGUGAUGGGACCUCCUACCAGACCCUUCGGUCACGCUGCCAGGAGUACAAUGUGGCCCAGGAGCUUGGCGUGUCCUACAAGCCGGAGCUCAUCGGCCAGCGUCACUCCAUGGCCUCGCUCAAUGCCAUCGCCCAUGUUGGCCUCGGGGGCUUCCAGAGCUCCACCAGCAGCAUGCCCACUUCCUCCUCAUAUCCGGUGCUCUUUGUCGUGCGGGACGACCGUGGAGCGGUUUUCGGCUGCUUUGCCUCUGGCGGUGUGCGCCUCUGUCCCCACUACACCGGCACCGGCGAGUCGUUUGUCUUCAGUGCCGGCACCCUGGCGCCGGCCAACUCCAAGACCACCCUCCAUGCGUGCACCUCCACCAACACCUCCCCGGCGUCCAUCUACGACAGCAGCUCCCCCAAAUGCCCGCAGUCCUCCCAGGUGAAGAUCUUCCCGUGGACCCAGGAGAACCACUUCUUUGCCUCGAUGAACCUCUCGAGCAUUUCCUUCGGCGGCGGCAAUAGCUCCGCCUCCGGGGCGGCCAUCUGGAUUGACGCGUCCCUGUCGCGCGGCUUCUCCGGCCCCUGCGACACCUUCGGCAACCAGGACACCCUGGCCUCGCGAGGGUCUUUCGACAUCCUCGACAUCGAGAUCUGGGGCUUUGACUGCGACUUCCAGUGA